UCUGACUUAAUUGCUGCCCGAAUUGUUGUUACCGAAUUGCGAAAUGGUAACAUUGCGAAGUAUAUAAUCUGAGCCAUUUUUUACCACGGCCUGCAGCAGCAAAUUCUUGAUGAGUUGAUGCUGAGUAAAGUAAAUUUGCAUUAUGAUCGUGCCUCUUAAAAUUGGAAAGGUGCUGCUCGUUGUUAGGUUCAAAUAGUUCAAAGUUGUGAUGAAUUCGGUUGCACCUUGAUUUGAAUAUCUCGUGUACGCUGUACCUGUACGCCGUGUACGGUUACUUGGGUAUUUCUCAUCCGCCAGGUCAAAAUGAAGAAAAACAUAUUUUUUCUGAAUGGAAGAAGUGGGAACAGAUGUACUAAUGAACAGGAGUGCCAUGCUGCAUGCUGUGAUGGAGGAAACUCAGCAUCACAUUGCAGUACUUCAGCAGUGCAAGAUACAAAUAUAAAUUUGAAAAAUUCUGAAAAAAUAAAUAUUGCAUCUGAUAGUACAGGCUCUACAAACGUGUCUGUGCAUAUGCGCAAGAAUAAUGUGCAGCUGCAACUGAAAAAAUUAGGCACUGAAGGAAGAUGGAGUGUUGAAGAAAAUUCUUUAAUAGUUGACGAAAAUCCAUCAAUGAUGGGUAAUAUUUGUCCCAAUUCUCCAACAUCCAGUCAAAGCCUUCAAGAGAAACAUGUCAACAUCAAGCCUAAUUUUUUUUAUGGUUCAGUGUCACCAAAUGUGGAAAAACAUAUUUCCAUGUGCAAUGGCAAUAGCUCUGUACCCAAAACAUUGUGUAAUAGCCUAGGAAAAGACUUGGUUGAGACUGACUUGCAGCAAAAUAUUCAGCAUAAUUCUCAUUCAGUAGUCAUGAAAAACUUAAAUGGCACAAGUCAAGUGUUCAACAAUAAUCUCACUCAACAGAGAAACUCUUUAUCUAAUGGAUCUGAUUUUCCCAAGUGUCCUUCAUUAGUUUACAAAAAUGUUCUAUCUGAAGAAGAAGCAGACAAUCCAUGCCAACUUUCAAUCAGAACAAAAAACAAUAACAAUGUUGGUGUUGUAGACAAACCUUCUCUUGUUAAAGACGGCAUGGAUGAAUACUUCAAAGAAUAUAAAGUCAUCCCUGCCGACGGUACAAAUGGCGAGGGUGACACAGCAGAUCUUCCAGAUCUUCUACAAGUGGAUCAGCAGUCUGAAAGCAAUGAUCAUUCCAAACCUCUUCCGACUACAACUGUUACAACUGCUACCAUUGCAGGUGGAACUACUCGUGAAAUUCGGGCAUACAAAGACGACCAACUGAACCUGUUGAAUGGUGAUGAUUACGAGGACGAGGAUGAGUGCAUAUACACUUAUAAAGAAGGCUCUGGUUUUGAUGAUGUUCUUGUACGUCACCUGCUCACUACCUGCAUCAGUUGUGGUCUGCCUAACUACCGUCCUGAAGGUGAUAUUGAUGCAUCAUCGUCCAUAAACCCGCUCAACAUUGGUGGCAACACUCAUAAAGAGCAUCCGCAACAAGAGAACGAGAGCCUCUUCUCUCCUGAUAUGGAUUUUCUUGAGAUGGAUUUUGAUCCUGGGUCAACUGCUGAGGACGCAGAAAGCAGCGACUGUGAUGAUAAUUGCUACCCAGGCAUUAAAAUGCUGGCUACACCCAAUGCUUGCUCCGCCCCAGGAAGCUCCUGUAAAGUUGCAGCUGCAAAAUCGAAUGUAGGAACUUUUCCUAUUGUGAACGGCCACGUGGGUAGUGAUGCACAAAUUGAUAAAUUCUCCUCGGUGCUCUGUCGUCGUUGUGAAAGCGACCCAAGCAUUGUAAAUAAGGUUGUCAACAAUGCGAGAGGCAACAUAAAAUCUUGCGGACAACCCACCUCUAAUUCAUUAAGUAAUGACAGCAACAACUUCACGGGGAUGUAUGACAGACCUUCAAUAAGUCAAGCCAGCUCCGGUGCUGUUCCCAAGAAGAUAGAUAAUAUAAAGAUUUUAAAAGAAUUUGAAGGCAAUUCAACUAAUAUAGAACUGAGAAACGAUGCAAGCAUACCUCCAUCUGUGAUCCAUAGUAUAGUUUUAAUUGAUAAUCUUCUACCUAGUAGCUCUUGUAAAAGCAUUUCAGUUGAUAACAGUAGAAAUUUGAAACAAAAUAUUAUUGAUGGAAAUAAUAUUGCUGUUGACUCCUGCCAGGCUGUGUCAGAUUCUGAACAAGAUACUAUAAAGAAAAAUUUUUCAUCAAAUCAGUUGAUGAAUAUAACUGAUGGAGUUCAAGCAAGCGAUAAUAAUUUUACGGCAUCUAGUGGAGUUUCCUACAUUCAUAGCCAUUCAUUUGAGUCUAGUCAAUCAAACACUUAUGAUUUGGAAUCAAGAUUGUCACACGCCAGUAUGGAACCUAGAAAAAUCGUGAAGAACUGUUCGGCGUUGCCAAGUGCUUGGAAUUGUACCACCAGCAAUGGACGUCACAAUAACAUGAAUAAGGAAUUUCCAGCUUCUGUCAAUAACGAUAAUAACUUGGGAUGUUUUUCUGCACCUGAAGUUAGUCCCGCGCACGAAUAUUCUCCCCAGCAAGCAUUCAAACGCAGCAUUAGUUUCCACAACCAACUGUCUAGUCCUAAGUGCGAGAAUGUGUGUUGCUAUCGAUCUCAGUCAAUGACGGAAAGCCCUUCAAGCCCUCGAAACCAAACUCAACCUUUGAACAAUUCAUCAAUAAAUUUACGGUUACAGAAUAAUGGCAAUUUAAGACCACUGCCGCACCGACACACGUGCUUUGAGUUUUCUGGAAUUCCGAUUUCCCAGAUCAAUUCACUUCAAUCUUACGAUUCUACACAUUCCCAUAACACCUCACAUGUCUGUCACGGAGACCCCACGCAACCCAGCAAUCCACUUCAACUCCAUGGUGAAGCUCGAACUCGGAAUGGCGAUGCUCAUAUAUCGCCUGGUGCACUCAAUUUGCCGAGAUUGGAUCUUCUCAGCACAAAGCGUUCCAAAGGAGUUGAUUCCAAUGACGCUUCCACACCAGCACCACACAAAAUCGCCCUAACGGAAGAUAAUUUAGCCUCUUCGCCCAACAAAAGCGCGGCCGAAGAUCGAUUUACUAGUCGCCAAACGUCCGUUUUCAACAUAUCACCGUGCACAUCUAAGCUUCCACAAGAAAUAUUGCCACAGUGUGAGGACCUGAGCAGCAGUAGCGGUGCUGGAGGUGAUGGUGGUGACUUUGAAGGAGAAAAAUUCAGCUCCUGGGUGGUUAAAGGUUCUUUGCCUCCCAAAAUCAGCGAUCCUUCCAUAGACGUUAAUACGACGCCGUCCACCGUAAACGCUCGCGACGACAGCUGCCCCCGCGUCCUGCAGAAGACGAUGGUUUGGACGGAACGACAGGCAACAGCGCGCCAAGUUCUGCAGCUGCAGCGUAGCGCUUGUGGCCUCUCAGCUGUUGCUAACGUUCUUUUGGCGCUCGACCAGCACAUUCCGCCGUCAGCCUUGGGUCGUCAUGUUGUGCCGCGGUGUAGAGCAGAGGCGGCACCGCUAGUCGACUACCUCCUAUCACGAGCCUGUGCCGGCACCACGCAUGCUGACCUCAUCGACGGCAUGACGCGAGCUACGAACGGCUCCGUGGUCGCUCAUUUCUUCCAUAUGUUUCCUAAGCGAGCCGUACAGCUCUCCAGAUGGUUGGCGUCCUGGAUCAGCAAAGGAGGUGUGGCGGUGUGCACGCUGAACUUGCAGCGCGGGGUGAGCGCCGGACAAACCAUCCCUGACGCCUGGCAUCAUCAAAUGGUCUUCGGCGUAGGCCCACAGGGCGUGUACUUGACGAAUCCCGUUGAGUGCGUGAGCGAAGAGCGGCUCAGUGAGCAGCUAUGCAGUGAACGCGUGCUGCUCGUGCGGCGUGAUGACAUCGUCAGACACUGGGACCCUUCGCAAGCCCUUCACGCUUUGCUGCAACAGCAGGACCAGCGCUGGCGGGAUAUGAAUGUUCUGGGUCAAGUAUCAUUGGUGUUGAAGGAGCAGCAAUGCAGUGCAAGACGCAGUGGCUGCAGCCAGCAACGUGGUCGUGAACGUCUGACAUCUCACGUUGGUAUCCCUGCAGCCUACCACUCUGGAGUGACGGUCUUCAUGCGCUCAGACAACAGCCAUGCUCACGAGCUGCUCAACGCUCCCGACCUGCCCUUGUUGGAAUAAAACAAAUCUUUUACCUCUUCCUUCUAUUGCUAUAAUAUUUUAAUAGCUAAUUCAGUAGUAUUUUCCAUACGUUCUCAUCUACCUACAUCUGAUGGGGAGAUAUAUUUAUAUCGUGCAACUUUCCAGUCACUGUUCAAGUGACUCAUCUAAGCAUUAGUAGAAGUAUAUCACUUUCGCGUUUAUUUAUAUUCUUAGUAGAUUCUAUAAAUGCAAAAUCAGUCGCAAUCUUUUAUAUGCAUUGUGAGCGAUUGAAAACGUGCGGCAGUGGUGAAAUGAACUAUGGGGACGUUAUGAUGCGAGACGAAGAACCGGUCAGCCAGUACUACUAAUUAAAUUACAUUCAGUACUAGCUGAGCCCUGCAAGUUUGAAAUGUUUGCUGCUGCGUAGAAAAUUUCAGGUUGUGAUGGCAUUUGAGAGAUUUGAAAGUGACAAAUAUAAUCAUUGAUUCAUUGUCGAGGUGGAAAUAAUGUCAAGUUUUAAUCACGAAUAGGAGCUGAAACUGUGGGCAUCUCAUGCGCACAACAUGAAAGUCAUUAUAUGAAUAAGGUACUAAAAUGGAAAGCCUAUUUAGUUAUUUAAUUUUUACCAAAAUAAUGGUAAGAGCAAUUGAAUUAUAUACUUUGAAAUAUCAUAAAAAGGUUGACUCGAAUGGAUUGAAAGCCUCUUGUACACUCCUGCGAAUUGUAUCGCAUGACUGUGUAAUCGAGACUUUAGAUUUGUUCGCCACGUGCUUGAAGUGAACUGUAUCCACGUGAAUAAAUUUGUUUCAGUAACCUCUAA